GCAUGGAAAGCUGAGAGAGGAGGCAACAUCUUGAGUGGGGCAGGGUCAGCAAAAACUGAAACAAGAACGCUCCGCAUCCGGGGGUACAAUUCUGGUUUCGGACGAAUAGUAUGGAACAAGAGAUUGACUGGUUACACAGUCAAGCCGGCCUUUGCAAAGUAGACCUCUACAGUGCCCAAAGUCAGAAGGAUCAGGAUCGUAAAGUGAUCUGCUUUGUUGACGUCUCCAGCCUUAACACAAGCCAAGACCAGAACAGCAAGAGACCGAAGGUUGCUCCCCCUUCCCCUGACCUUGACCUGCGUAAUCUCGAAGAGAAGGAAGUCAUUGUAAUAAAGGAUAACGAGAAAAACAACCACUCCAACACCGAAGGAGCCGUUUGCCUUUUCAAGCAAGGCUCCUCUGAAGAACUGAACGUUGUGAGCUGGCUCAGCAACGACCUUCAGAAAUACGCGCUUGGGUUCCAGCAUGCACUAACCCCCUCCAGGCCUCAUAAAUCCGCUCAAGAUUUUUCUGCAACCGACAGGAUGUCCCAGGGUAGCGACUCGUCGUUUAGAGGCUCCAGUAGUCAAAGAGGAGAUGACCUUUCCUAUUAUGUUAACAAGCUGUGUUCCUUGGUGGUUCAAAUGGCACAUAAAGAAAUGAAGGAUAAACUCGAAAGCAGCGGGAGGUGCAUCCGCCAGUCGAUUAAUUCCCACGGUUCUGGAAGCAAGCUUACAUCCGGUGAGGAAUACGGUAAGCCAUCCCCCAAGAUGUCUCAUGACGACGCCCAAAAGGCUUCGCUCUUUUAUGGAGAGAUGUCCAAUCAGGCUAACCAGAAUGGCUACAGACAGGGGCAAGACAGGCAGGUGUGUCAAAGGAAACCGUCGGGACAGGCAGACGAUGCUUCCGUAAGCAAAGGGCUGAUGGUGUACGCAAACCAGGUGGCUUCGGAUAUGAUGUUCUCAUUUAUGAAGACCAUGAAGGUCCAGAAAGGCAAGCAUCCUCCCCCAGCUUGCGUCGUCUUAAAGAAAGUACUCCUGAAACAUACCAGAGAUGUCAUAUCUGAUUUAAUUGACUCCACCAUGAAAAACCUUCACAACGUCACAGGGGUACUCAUGACAGACUCAGACUUCGUUAACACGGUGAAGAAGAACCUGUUCAACGCAGGAACACAGAAGUCGACUGAAAUUCUGGAAGCAAUGGUGAAGCGCCUGUUUAAAGCGUUGGCCGGGGACGACAAGCAAAAAUCUCAAAGCCUUGCAUUUGCAGCACUGAAGGCAGGUUGCCAAUCAGCCUCAAGAUCUCAGGGGCUCCAGUUUGCGUCGCUGAAAGGUGAAAUGCACGGCGGCCCAGGGAGGGACAGGGGGAAUGGACAAAUGAGACCUCAUCAAAGUGGAAGCAAAGGCUCAGACAAGCACUGCUCAAUGGAUGUGUAUGCUAAGGACCUUAUUGUAACAGCGUUAAUGUUGAUUCAGCAACACCUUCUAGAAAAAAACAAGGACCAAGGUGUCCGUGAGACCAACACCACAUCAUUUGGCUACGUUCAUGACAAGUCUGGCGGUUCCAAAUAUGGCCAAAAACAUGGCGGGGGAAGGCAAGACGCUCAGCUUGAAUCCCAAAAAGGGGAUAUAUCAAGUAUUCUCUUGUCAAUCAUCCAGAAAGUACUGAGGGAAGCUGGAUUCAGUUCAGACGAAGGGUCCCCCGAUAGGGGCUAUAAGCAGCCUCCCUUUACUGACAACAGACAGCAACGGUCCUUUUCAAAAUCAAACGGGAGCCCGGAGAUGCAUGACAACAUGGAACAAAUAAACAAACAGUUUAUUGAUCAGCUGGUAGAAUCUGUGAUGAAGCUGUGCAUGCUGAUGGCCAAUGGCAGCGACUUCGACGGAAGAGGCCACGGAAGACAGCUGGGUUCAGCAGGUUCUGAAGUGAUUGUGAACAACCAGAAUUCCAACAACAGUUCACACAACAGGGAGCUGCAAGCUGUGCUCCAAUGGCUGGUUGCUUCACAAUUCAAUGUGCCAAACCUGACAUUCAUGAACGAGCAAGAUGGUGACUUGGCCAAGCUUCCACAGCUGGCUGACAAAGCAGCCAAGAAAGGCUACAGCGUGGGAGACAUUGUUCAGGAGAUAAUGAAGUACUACGAGAAACAGCAAACGGAUGCCAUGUCAGGACAGAUGCCUCGGUGUGGACUGGUCGAUUACUUGCUUGCUAACCUGUAAGAACCAACUCUUCCCUCUCAUGUUACUUAGUGCCCAGCUCAAGCGCCCAAACCACUUCUUAACGGCGCAGGAGAUACCACCGCUAGAGCCCACUGCAAG